AUGGCGGGUGAGCUGCCAACUUGGCUUCAUGGGACUCUGCUACGAAAUGGCCCUGGAAUGCACACCAUUGGGGAGACUGCAUAUAAUCAUUGGUUUGAUGGUUUGGCCUUAUUGCAUAGCUUCACCAUUGGAAAUGGUGAAGUUCAUUACCGAAGUAAAUACCUCCGAAGUGACACCUACAAUUCCAAUAUUGAAGCCAACAGGAUUGUGGUGUCAGAGUUUGGAACUAUGGCUUAUCCAGAUCCCUGCAAAAAUAUAUUUUCCAAAGCUUUUUCCUACUUGUCCCACACUAUUCCGGACUUCACCGAUAACUGCCUAAUCAACAUCAUGAAAUGUGGGGAGGACUUCUAUGCUACUACAGAGACGAAUUAUAUUAGGAAAAUCAAUCCAGAAACUCUGGAGACCCUGGAGAAGGUUGAUUACCGUGAUUAUGCAGCCAUAAAUGUGGCAACUUCUCAUCCUCACUAUGAUGCUCAAGGGAAUGUCCUCAACAUGGGUACAUCCAUAGUUGACAAGGGAAAAACAAAAUAUCUGGUAUUUAAAAUACCUCCCACAAUACCAGAGAAAAAAAAGAAGAAAAACAACUUAAAACACUUGGAAGUCAUCUGUUCCAUUCCAUCCCGCUCUCUUCUCAGCCCAAGCUACUACCACAGUUUUGGAAUUACUGAAAACUACAUAAUUUUUCUAGAGCAGCCCUUUAAACUGGAUAUUCUAAAGAUGGCCACUGCCUAUAUCCGAGGUAUAAAUUGGGCUUCCUGCAUUACCUUCCAUGAAGAAGACAAGACUUACAUUCACAUCAUUGACCGGAGGACAAAACGGACCCUGCUGACCAAGUUUUAUGCAGAUCCCAUGGUUGUCUUCCAUCAUGUAAAUGCCUAUGAAGAAGAUGGCCAUAUUGUGUUUGAUGUCAUUUCCUACAAGGACCACAGUCUUUAUCAGCUCUUCUACUUGGCAAACUUGAAUCAAUACUUUGAGCAGAACUCUAAACUUGCUUCCAUACCAUCCCUCAAGAGAUUUGUCAUUCCUCUUCAAGUGGAUAAGGAUGCAGAAAUGGGUGAGAAUUUAGUCAAACUUGAAUCAACAACAGCAACUGCUCUGAAGGAAAAAGAUGACCACGUAUACUGCCAAUCAGAAGAGCUAUAUGAAGGGAUUGAGCUGCCUCGUAUUAAUUAUGCUCAUAAUGGGAAAAAAUACAGAUAUAUUUAUGCAGCAGAGGUGCAGUGGAAUCCAAUUCCAACAAAGAUAAUGAAAUUUGAUGUUCUGACAAAGUCAUCAUUAAAAUGGGGAGAGGAGCAUUGUUGGCCUGCUGAGCCUGUGUUUGUGCCGGCACCUAAUGCACAACAAGAAGAUGAUGGUAUUAUAUUGUCAGUGAUUGUCUCCACUGAUCCCAAGAAACCACCCUUUUUGCUUAUACUGGAUGCAAAACAAUUUACAGAAUUGGCUCGGGCAUCAGUUGAUGCAGAGAUACACCUGGAUCUACAUGGGCUAUUCAUUCCCUCUGUGAUUUCUCCUGAAGAACAAGAAGAUAAUGCACUUAUGAACUAA